ACACAGGUCGCGGGGGAAAAGAGGGGGAGAUACGCUCGUCAAUCAAGGGAGGAAAGGGGGGGACAGGAUGUUCUUCCGGGGCGUGGCUGUUCUGGGGGUUUCACUUCCGGAAGGGUGCGCGGGCUCGUCCCACCCCCCCGUGGAGGGUUGCUCCACCCACAACUGGAGCCGACAUGGACAAAAGUGGAAACAUUCAGUUGGAAAUUCCUGACUUCAGCAAUUCUGUUCUGAGCCACCUGAACCAGCUGCGUAUGCAGGGCAGGCUGUGUGACAUUGUAGUCAAUGUUCAGGGCCAAGCUUUCAGGGCGCACAAAGUUGUACUCGCUGCUAGCUCACCUUACUUUCGGGACCACAUGUCGCUCAAUGAGAUGAGCACGGUCUCCAUAUCUGUCAUCAAAAAUCCCACUGUAUUUGAGCACCUUCUUUCUUUUUGCUACACUGGGCGAAUAUGCCUCCAGCUAGCAGAUAUUAUAAGCUACUUGACCGCAGCCAGUUUCCUGCAGAUGCAACAUAUUAUAGACAAAUGUACGCAGAUCUUGGAGGGCAUUCAUUUUAAAAUUAAUGUCUCUGAGGUCGAAGCAGAAUUGAGCCAAACAAGGGCAAAGCAUCAAGAAAGACCUCCGGAUUCCCAUCGUGCAUCUCCAUCUUUGAAUCACUCUCUGAGUCCACACCAUAGCACUCCAAAAGGAAGCCGUAUGGGACAGGUCAGCACGGUGUUGGACAUUCGGGAACUUAGUCCUCCUGGGGAGUCUACAAGCCCUCAAAUAAUUGAACAGAGCUCAGAUGCAGAGAGCAGGGAGCCCAUACUGAGGAUUAACAGGGCAGGACAGUGGUAUGUGGAGACAGGAGUGGCAGACCAUGGGGGGCAGGGUGAUGAUGACGUCAAGGUCCUUGGAGCAGUACGAAUCAAAACUGAGAAUCUGGAGGAGUGGCUUGGGACAGAAAACCAGCCUUCUGGAGAAGAUGGAAGCAGUGCAGAGGAGGUUACUGCCAUGGUGAUUGAUACAACAGGACAUGGAUCUAUGGGGCAAGAAAGUUAUACCUUGGGUUCAUCAGGAGCAAAAGUGGCUAGACCAACCAGCACUGAGAUUGACAGAUUUAGUCCGUCUGGUAGUGUGGUCACUGUAAAUGAGCGAUACAGGUCAAAAAGUGAAUCUCCAUGGCGGGUUGAUGAACCUAAGCAACACAGUUCUCAGGUGGAAGACUCUGCAAUCGUCGGAGUGAGUGGCUAUGUUGAAUAUCUCCGUGAACAGGAAGUAUCUGAGCGGUGGUUUCGUUACAACCCUCGUCUUACCUGCAUUUAUUGUGCUAAAUCCUUCAACCAGAAGGGCAGCUUGGACCGGCACAUGCGUCUCCACAUGGGCAUCACACCUUUUGUUUGCCGUAUGUGUGGGAAAAAGUACACCCGAAAGGAUCAGCUGGAAUACCAUAUCCGCAAACACACAGGAAACAAGCCCUUUCACUGCCAUGUCUGUGGGAAGAGCUUCCCCUUCCAGGCCAUCCUCAACCAGCACUUUCGUAAGAACCACCCUGGGUGCAUGCCCCUGGAAGGGCCCCACAGCAUCUCCCCAGAGACCACGGUCACGUCGAGAGGGCAUACUGGGGAGGAAUCCCCUCUUCGGGAAGAAGCCGGCAUGGCUGGGGAGACGGCUCAGGGGUCUGUGUCCACCACUGGGCCAGAUUGAGGCAGAAGGGUGAGGGGGAUCCUCUCAAUCAAUAAAGCAAAUCCCACUGAGGUGGCACGCUUAUCGUCAUCUGGGCAGUGUUGCGGCUGGACAACGAUGCUCCUGAAAUGUUGCCAAAAUAGAACAAAAAGUAGGAUAACAAAGUGCUAAAAGUUCUCCCCUUUACCUCAUCUCCUUGUGGAGGGGAGAACAAAACUGAGUCAACUAACCUCUGAUUCAGGGAUUGACAGCUUUGGGAAGGUUUUUUAUUAACCAUGUUGAGCAAUGAGAAAGGAGAGACAGCUUUUUAAAAUUUCUUGGUAACAGACAUUACAUAUUGUCUGUGGGCUGUAGGCUGUAGUUGUUAUGAGUGCAGAACGUCUGCAUUCAUGACAGGCUUUAAGAGUCAUGGGAUUAAGAACUGCUUUCAUGCUCACCCACAACCUGUCUCCCAGGUAAUUUUUUAAAAGAAUAAUGGCUUUCUUAGUAAAUUCUAGCUUGUUUUAUUUUAUCUUGUUUUAUUUUGAUGUGUGUUGUUUUGUUUUUUAAUGACCCAUUGCUUAAGGGCUGUUAGACCAGUGGAGAAAUUUACCCAUUCAAGGUAUGUGGCCUUGCUUGUUUAUUUCCACAUGUUACGGGGCUAGCAACCUUUUGAGCAGUAUUUCAGAGAUGACAAUAUUUAAGUAAUUAAGCUACUGAAAAAGGACAGUGUUUGGCUUGGCCAAGUUCAGAAGAUGUUUUCCAUUGAAAAAAUGUGGAUAGCGCAAAACACAAUUAUUUGUCUUUGUGCACUGCAAAAACUGAAAAAAAAUUGGGUGAUGUUUGAAAUUGUGAUGAAUUGUUAAGACCACAAAGAUCAUCCUUUUCCUAGCUUGCACUUGAUCUAAUAAUACAGCAAUAUUUGUAUAUCAAAAUAGUCAAAUCCAGUGGGGAAAGAAAUCAUGGUUUGUUUGCCUGUGUUUCCCUUUUUAUUUUUUAUAUGAAAAAGUGCAAAAAAAAUCUCCUAAUUAGUAAUAAUGCAGGAGGGUAAAUAUUCCAGUUUCUUACAAGCAAUGCUAAGUCCCAGCACCUUUAUACUAUUUCACCUAUGAGAUUAUCAAGGAGAUAACGGAGUUGCCAAAUGUAGUAAAUAUAUGGCUAUCUCAUGCCCCCACUUUAUAUGUUCUUUAUACUUGAAAGGGUGCAAAAAUCUCUUGAACGUGUGUAUGAGAAUAGCAAAAUAUCAGCAGUUUUUCUUUGGGCUGUACAAGAAACAGUACUAGUUGAAGAGAUUCGGUCUCGUCAACUAGUACCAUGCUGGUACUGCAUCCUGGCACUGCUGAUAAGGAUUUGCAAACUGAUUUACAGGAAACUGGUAAAAAAGUAAAGGUGAAUUAGAAGUUUCAAAUGGGCAAAAGCUUAGUCAACAUUAUGGGAAGAAAAAGAUAGCCUUGUGACAAAUUUGCUUGUUCUUUGGUGAUUACAUUGGGCCAAUUUAGCCACCUUAGACAACAAGUUUUCCUGCUUGUAAAAAGGAGGAUAUUUUCUUAAUUCAUAUUUGGUUGGAAGAAUGAUCAAAAGCAAGUCAUUAUGUGAUACCCUCAGCAUCCAUUUUUUUUCUGUUUACAUUAAGAAAUUCAUCACACUCUGCACCUCGUGGUGGAGUGCAGUACAUCGUGGUUUCUCUUUUAUGCUCACAGCAAAGAGAGCCACCCAAAAGGUCAAUGCACAAACUUAAAGAGCUGGGCGAAAACCUCCCAGACCCAAAGACAUUUUCCUUGGAGUUCAAGUGCAGGAGGAGAAUAGUAAUGAACGUGUAUGCUGCUUUAGUCUUAGCAUUCAGAUUUACCAAAAAGAGGCAAUCUACACUAAAGAGCAUUAGAAAAUAUUUCUAGUUACUUAUAAUAAAGAUUUAAGCAUUUAAAAAUAGAACUUUAAAAUAUUACCAAACUCUAAGGCGUACAUUUAUUUAUUUAUUUACACAUAUGUUAUAUAUAGUUAUAAUGAGAAGAUUUCUCUGCUCAGUUGGUGAUGGUGUAUAAUGACCAUACAAAAGAGUUUCCUCCAAAGCAGAUUGCAGCAAAAUCCAUCCAAGAUGAAGUAGCAAAGAGCUUAACAAGGAGUACUGAAUGUGGUGGUGUUCAUGGAUCUGUGAGUUUAUUAAGCAAGUUCUUACUGUACUGAUACUGUGAACUGAGAGCUGCAAAAUAAUUCAGGGUCAUGUCAGCCAUUGCCUGCUUGCUAAUAGACUCGUCUUUAAUUUGCUUGGCCAGAGUUAUUAAGCACUUCUUGCAUCUUAGUUGUAAAGGAAAAGUAAAGCUUGUGAAAGGUUUUUAAUUGCCACUGUAGAAAUAUAUCAUUUCUAAUUGCAUGCGAAGGAGCCAAUGUUCUUGCCCAAAUCUCAUUUGAAGUGAGAUUUGCCGUUUGUAGCUAAAGCAAUUGACCUCAUUCAGAUGCGCAGCUAAGCUACAAGAGGAAGUCCGUAUGAGCCGCCGUAAGCCUGUAUACUUCCCUUUUGUCCUCUAGUGCAUCCAGUGCUUUAGCUUCUGUUGCAGAUUAAUAUUUUAGUUUAAUUCUUGUGUUUUUUUUAAUUAAGCCAAAUGGAAAUCAUACUUUAUGAUGGAUGGUUAAGAUCGGCUGAAGUAUAUGGAUAGGACAAAGUUCUGAGCUUCCUUCUAAUGUGAGUAGAAGCAUCUAAUCUCCUUACAGUGGUUCAAGGAGAAGGGAAUAUGUAAGUCCAAAGCUUAUUGUGGCUUGGUGUCAUAAUGCUAAGCCAUGCUCUAGUAUUAUAUUUGAGUGCAGCCAUGGAUUGUUAAUGUGUAUGCCUGUGCACACAUGCAUAUGUCUGCAAAGGUUGCGAACGAUCUCCAAUUUGUUGGCUGUUGCGUUUUUUUAAGAAAAACAGUUUGUUAGUUGCCAGAAUUCUGAGACUAUGAUCUUUUUUUGGUACAAAUAGCAAGUCUGUAAUGAGAGAAAUACCAGAAAAGUGUGGGUUUCCACUAGGAAACUUUAGGAGAUGGUGAGAUGUAUGUCUUCUACUAAUACUGUGAAAGGGUUUGAUAUUAAAAAAGUGGCACAACAUUUAUUCAGCCCCCCUUUUUUGUCUGAAUCUGUUGUUCCUGAUCUGUGACAAAAUAAAUUAGAACUUUAAAUUAGAAAUCUUACAGGAAAAAAAUGUUCAAUUUGUUUAUCUAAACUAGUGGUACCUUUGAGCCUCUAGGUGUUUUGGACUUCAGCUCCCACAGUUUCUAACAGCUGGUAAGCUGGCUGGGAUUUCUGGGAGUUGAAGUCCAAAACGCCUGGAGGCCCAAAGGUUGGGUACCACUGAUCUAAACGAAACAAAACACACAGUGUUUGAAUAUGUGCAAGUUGUUUUCAGCAGUAGGAUUUCAGUUGCAGACUAUGUUGUUUUGAUCAGACUUGAAAAGUGUGGGUUGCCUUGAGGACAGGGUUGUUGCCAAAGCCUUUGAAGCUCUGGACUUGAGACCCACAAGGGAUGGUGUCAAGGAGAAGAAUGGCAGACCAGGGACAGAGACAUUGUUCCUGGUCAGUCUGGGGAGGAGCUUUGCAGUGCCUAGGGCUCAGAGUGGAGCUUAAUAGGGAAACGGCUAUAGGAGGAAAUAGCAAAAGCUGUUCAAAGCAUACAAAUCCUGGAAUUGGUUUAUUUUUUAUUGAAGUUGGAACUAUAUUAAUCUAGGUCAAAAAUGACUAAGACAUGUCUAGUGGGUCAACUUGCUUUUUUGAGAACUGGCUUGCAAAGCUGGUUCUAUUGUCUAGAUAGACAUUGGUUUGUGCAGUGUACUUGUUCCUAGCCAUUUUUAAAGGAAGUAGUAUAUGAAGAUGAUCAGAUUAGGUAGAACUGGAGAAAAAUGUGCCAAUACAUUACUGUGAUCCUAUUGGUUUUUAUUAUAGAACUGUGGCCUAUAAUUGCAAGCAUUUUCAUGUUCAGUGCUAUAACCUCAGCCAUGAUGCCACUCCUGACCUACUGUGCCCUUAGUAGCAUUAGGCACAAUACUUGACUGUCCUGUGGUCUCAGUCACAAGGCAGGCUUGGGCAGACGUAACUGUCGAUAUUGCAAAUAAACUGGCGACUUACAUUUCUGUUCAGCGCAGCUACAUCUUUUCACCCUUGCAAAACUGUGAUUUCAACUGUGAUUCAAAGGGGAAGUUACGCAAAACCCUUUGUGUCAUUAAUACCUCAUGAAUGAAUGACCCAAAUCCAGGAGAAGGUGUUACUGAGGUGUAAAACUGGUCUUACCACUUUCAGUGUGACUUAUUAAAACUGUGAGUUGGAUACUGCCAGUGUUGUGAUGUGACUGUUUGCCUAUGGUGAUCAUCUUUAGAGGGGAAUGAUACAUAGGUUCCACAGCUCUAAAUGUACAUAAAUCAAUAAAUAAAUAUGCAAAAUGUGAAUUUUUCAAGUUGUUGAUUCCCUAAAUCUGCUGUUCUACGUUGAUCUUUACAAAGAAAUCAAAAGAAAUUAAUCUAAUCCUAAACCAUAUUGUUUGCUGCACUUGAAAGUAGCUCUGAGUGAUGGUGAAAAUAAUAAGAUAAAAUGUAGUAUAUUGUAAGCAUUUGGACUCAGAUUUAAAAAGCAUAGGUUUGGCCUAUAAAAAUAUUACACCAUAAAUGUUUGAUACGGGAAACAGAUGGAAGGAAAUGGCUUUUACCUACGGUGCACACUGAAGAUUAGUGACGUGCAUGUCAUUUUUCUCUUUCUAAAGCACCUUUGGAUCAUAUACUUUGGUUUCUUGGACUUGGUGUCUUCGUUUUUAGGCCUGUUCCUGGGAUUAUUUGGGGUACUAAUUUAGAAAAUUGCAUUGGAUAGACCACAUCAGCUUUAGAUGAUUAAAUAUGGUUUUCUGUGGGUGAGCAUUUGGUUACUACUGGAUGGCAUAUGUUCUGUAACUAGGGCUGAUGUGGUCUAUCCAAUGCAAUUUUCUGAAUCAGCACCUCAAGUAACCAAACUGAAUCUAAAGUUGACAAAAAAAACUGAUUCGUAGCCCUUUUGGUACUAAUGUUGGAGAGUGGUCCCUGGUCAAAUUGAUCCUGGUCAAGUGAUCCCUGGUCAAAAAAAGUUUGGGAACCACUCGUUUAAAUACUUUAUAUUAUCCUUAUUCACUACAAAUAGAUCAUUAGAAUCAAUUAUAUCCUUCAGAUUGAAUAAUCUGGCUGUGUUGAAUACACCAAGCUAAUUUAAAACAUAGUAAACUUCCUCAUGUAGAUCAUAAAUGGUCAGCCCUACAAUGAUGCUUUUAAAGAAAGGCAGUGUCGGGUUAUGCAGUAGAGUUGUGUAAUUUGCUUCUUGGUAGUUCACCGGUUUUGGGAUCGAUAUAUCUCUGCUACUACAACUGCCCAUUGAAAGGGUUUCAAAUUAUUACCGCCAAAUAUCUCUCCCAUUGCACAAACAGCCCCUGGCUUCGGUCAUUCGCAAUAUGACGACCCCGCAACAGAAAACCUAAUAAGAUAGAAUCAUAGAGUUGGAAGGGACCACAUGGGCCAUCUAAUCUAACCCCGUCACGUAAGAAAAGCACAAUCAAAGCACCCUCGACAGAUUCUCCAUUGCAGUUAUUUUUUAGGUUUCUAGCUCAAAAUGGUUUGUAAAACUUGAUAAUUCAUUAAACCAUUCAUAACUUUUUUUGUAAUUCCAAUAUUUUGUCAUUGUGAGAUAUACUGCUUGAAAUGGAGUCCAUCCGUUUGAAACACCCCAUAGUCUGUCACAUGGUUAAGCCCACAGAAGUCUAUGUGGUUUUUUAAAAGUUGUUACUGACAAUGUGACAAUUGCUACAUACAGUAAUCUGGCAUGCAGUGUUGCGUUCAAAGUUUGUGUUGGUAGUCUUCAUUCUUGGUUCUGGGUUGGAAGCUGCAAGGCAGUUCUGUUGUCUGUACAUGAGAUCAAAACAGAGCUGUGAUGACAGAUGAGUUAGAAAUAUAGAGUAGAUCUCUGUGUCAAGCUUGUCUAGCAGUCUUCUCUAAAAUUAAUGCAUUACAUACCUAAAUAGAUGACACAGGGAAGUAGACUUGGAGAGCAGAGGAGAGCCGUUUCUUCAAAUCCUAAACUUCAAGAGCCUUAAGUUCACAACUACUGUAUGAGCUUUCUAGUAAACACACUUGUUCUAUGUAAGCAUCUUUAGAAAAAUCUUGCCAGGAUUUUUAUGAUCUUAGAGGGGUUUAUUGUUGUUUGGUUUCUUCUUGCAAGAUUGACUGUUCCAAUAUGCAACCCUCUCUUCCCUUAUAACCCAUAAGAAUGGAAUAUCCAGUUCUAAAUGUCUGCUUAAUUCCAGUGUGUUGCCUGCUCUGACAAUACACCAUUUCUCACUCUUGUUAAUGAACAGCUAUGACGGAGCAGUGGACUAGAAUACGCUAUGCUUGCUGAACAAUAUCUGAAUUACAUACUUGAACAACUUAUUGUAAAAGGGAAAACUUAAGUAAUUUGCAUAAUGGAAUUGGGGAAGCUUUUGGAUGGUACGUGGAAAAAGCAAAAAGUCAUAAAGGCAUCCCUUUUUGCUGAAGCUGAUGGAGGCAAUGUGUUUUUAAGAUUGUUACAUGGCGUUCUAGAACAAGAAUGGGAAACACUUGCUCUCCAGCUGUUUUGGACCACAUUCAUGGGCAUUUAAAUGACCAGCAUUGGACAUUUACAUAAGGUGUUCGUUACAUUUUUUUUACACAGACUCCUGGAAAGCUAGAUAAGUCUGUAGUUCAUAAAGCAGCCCUAAAUUAGAUAAUAAUUAGAUAAUAAUAUACUUUAUUUAUAUUCUGCUUUAUCUCCCCAGAGGAACUCAGAGCGGAUUACAGAGUACACAUACAAUAUAAGGCAAACAUUCAGUGCCUUUUACACAGUGAACAACGACAUACAAUACACAGACAAAGGUAAAGGUCUUUCCCCUUUUCAUCUCUGGAGUCUGGAGGCAAUUUUUGAUUCAGGCCAUGGGAAGGUGCUCUUAUCCAGUUUUUCCAUGUCAAAGAACCUGUUGUCUGAAGACAUCUGUUGCCGGCAUGUCUGUAUACCUGCAUGGAGUGCCCUUUUACCUUCCCGUCGAUGUGGUUCCUAUUGAUUUACUUGCAUUACAUGCUUUCAAACUGCUAAGUUGGCAGAAGCUAGGUCUAACAGUCAGGAGCUCAUCCUCACUUGCGGCUUCGCACAGCCAACCCUUUUGUCGGCAGAUUUCCUGCAGCUAACGGUUUAACCCGCUGCACUACUAUGGCCCCCAAUGUGUACCCUCUGACAGUUUGUCCACAUGAAGGUCUAAUUUGAACCGUUUUGACAAAUAAAUAUUUCCCACUAAUGAAAUCAUACUUAACUUCCCAUCACAGUGACUCACAGCCCAACUAAAACACAUCGUAAGGCUCAAGUGGAUGUUCUUUUAGAAGACAAAGUAUAAUGUAAAAUUAGAGGUCUGUGCAGCAGAAGUAACCAAAAUACUUUCUGCUAGUUUUAAAGGACAUAAUUGUUGGGCUCAUUCAAACUUUUCCAUAGUGAUAAUAUUUUUGCCAAGAAGACUGGGUUGUAAGGAAGCCACCUGAGCUUAAAAGAUGCCUUGUGCCUGGGAUUACCAGUAUGAUGUGGCAUUUAGAGCGGUUGAUGGAGUCAAGGAGCGCUAAGCUGAAAUCACUUUUCCCAUAAACCUCACUGGGUGACUAUGGGCCAGUAGUUUUCUCAGCAUUUCCUACUACCUCAAGCGAUAGUUAUAAGGAUUAAGUAGUUUGAGGGGAGAACCUUUGGAGGAACAGUAAAAUGUAGCUAAUAUUAUGUUUCUUCUUUGAAGAUCAUUACAGAAUUCUUCUUUCAAACUUGCCCUCUCCAGCAGCUCCAGUGAGCUCUCUGCUGCUGUCUCUUAAGGCAUUCCUUGUAACAUGCUGUCUACAAAGAGAGCGGCUUGUGUGUAGUUCCAGGUGCUUCUGCUCAUAAGAUUGAUCUAUAUUGGUGUAUCACACCACUGACCUUAUCGUGAGAUAAGAAACAUAGGAUGGGCAAGCUGGCAUGCAAGCCAGCCAGAUGACUACCUGAUAGAAAUAAUUGCCACAGAGGAGAUUCUUAACUCCUUCUUGCCUUGGCCUUUGUGUCAUUCUUGAUUGGACUUCUUCCAUCUCAUUUCAUAUAUAUAUAUAUUGCAUUGAUUUCUAUCUCUUUCCAUCUUUUCUCAAUGGUGCUCUUUAUCAUCUGUCCUGUUCUGUUAUUUGGCACGCCUUCCUUGCUCUGAUUCUUCAAUAUUAUGCACCAAAUAACAGAACAGCACAGAUGAUAAACCCUUCAGGUUUAGUUUUCUGGAGGUCUCUCUCUUGCUCUCUCUCAAGCAAACACACACGUCCUCUUAAGAACUAAAUGUUUAAACUACUUGUAGGGUUUUCAAUUAUCUUUUUAUGUUGCAAUGCCUGAGUUAUGAACAACAAUAAUUCAAAGAGGAAUGGCCCCAUUUUUAGUCCAAUAUGCAGAUGGAUAAAUGGUGGUAGGCCCAUAGAUUGUGUUGUGUGUGUGUGUUUGUGUGAGAAGCAACUUGAGAAACUGCAAGUCACUUCUGAUGUGAGAAUUGGCUAUCUGCAAGGAUGUUGCGCAGGGGAUUCCUGAAUAUUUUGAUGUUUUACCAUCCUGUGGGAGGCUUCUCUCUUGUCCCCGCAUGAGGAGCUAAAAGCUGAUAGAUGGGAGCUCACUUCGCUCCCCGAAUUUGAACUGCCAACCUUUCAGUCAGCAAUUGAGCUGGCACAAGGGGCUCCAUGUGUUGUAUUCCUUAGUAUUUUGCAUUUGGGGUCUUGUGAGUAAGGGAGAGGUUGGGAUGUGCAUCCAUUAAAUAUUUCAAGUCACCAAGUGCCAUUAAAACUCAGGCUGUUACUCAGAACAAGUUCUUCCAUAGUAUCUCAAGAUAUGCCUGUCAACAUAUUGUUGCCAAACUCUACGGGGCUUGCCAAGUCAUAAGAGUAGUGUUUUUCAAAACAUAUUCAGCUAUUUUGGAGGAAAGAAUUUAGGGCACUGGAGGUUUUCUGAGUUCUAAUUUAAUGCUUGGAUGUCAAUUUUUAAUAAUCAAGUUUUUCAGUGAUUCCAGAAAUUUCACUAGAUUUUCCCUUGCACAUGGGUGAAUCUUCUGGUUUUAUUGUUUAGUAGUUCUUUCUGCUGCUAUCUCAUGUCUCUCCGUGCUAUGCCUAUUUCAGCAGAUCAGUAUCUCCUGAGUUGGAUGAUCUGUAGAUAAAGAUAUUAAAGGAACCUGCAGAACUAAUCUUUUUAUAAUCCCUGAAGAACAGGAGAGUCUCCUGUAGACUAUGUUAUUCAAGGUCCAGAUUAACAUCAGUAUCAAGACCAAUGUCCAUAGCAGGAAAGGUUCUAGAAAAUAAUGUGUUGACUAAGACCUACCAUCCGUUUUUAAAAAAUAAGUCAUGUCAGACUAAUCCUACCCUCACCUUUAAAAUAAUACAUGUUUGAUAGGUCAGAAGAAUAGUGUGCAUAUAAUGCUUCUUGAUUUCAGUCACAUUUUUUUCAAUGCUACUGCCAGUUUUUUUUCUCACCAUCCUAGAGAGAAAUGAAAAGUAUGGGGCCACGGCUUUCUGUCCUGGGCCUAGUCUUGUUCAGCCUCUGUAUAAAUGAUAUUGAGGAAUGAUUGAGGUCAUAGUCAUCAAACCUGUAGAUGAUGCCAAAUUGGAAGAGAUAGUUCAAACGUAAGGCAGAAUCUGGAUUCCAGUAUGACCACAACAGAUUGGAGAGCUGGUCCAAAGGUUUAAAACAGCGGUUCUCAACCUGGGAUCCCCAGAUGUUUUUGGCCUACAACUCUCAGAAAUCCCAGCCAGUUUACCAGCUGUUAGGAUUUCUGGGAGAUGUAGGCCAAAACAUCUGGGGAUCCCAGAUUGAGAACCACUGUUUUAAAAGAAUGAAUUUCAACAGCCAUAAAUGUAAAGUAUUACUUGUAUGCAGUAAAACUUGCAUAUAGUGAUACCUUGACUUACGAGCUUAAUGUGUUCUGUGACUGAGCUCUUAAGUAUAAAAAUAAUAAUGCAUAAUAAAAGAGACGGUAAAGAAAUAAACUGGAUUUAUUAAGUAUAGCGUAUAUAAGGGAAGUUCUCGUGAUUGGAGAUGGGGUAGGAUUGGAAGCUUAUAAGCCAGUAACAUAAGUUUAUUUUUCCUGCUAUGAGUGGGAAACUUCGGUAAAAUUAUUAUGCAAUUAUCAAUUUGAACAAGCAUGGGCAGACUUUGGCCCUCCAGGUGUCUUGGGCUUCACUUCCUAGAAAUCCUAGCCAGCAUACCAGCUACAUUUGCCCAUACCUGAAUUAGAAUGACAGGUAUCUGUGUAACUUGCCUGUUUGAAUCAGGAUAGAAGUUUACUGAUGAUAGAUUCCUAGUCCCACGGUUUUCCUACAGUCUCCCAAAACCCUGGAAUUGCAGAAAUAACAGCAAAGACAACAGCAAGAUUUCCUGGCUGCUCCUCUAAAGCCCUGCUUAAGAUGGCGGGUGGUGUACUUUUGCACCAUCUCAUAACUCAAAUCUUGGCUUGCAUGUCAAAGCAAAAAACUGAUCUAGUGGCGACUCAUAUCUCAAAAAAACUUGUGAGUUGGUUUGUUUGUAAGUCAAAGUUUCACUGUAUACAAAUAAAGGAUGUGCGUCACCUUGACAGCAGUGCAUUUGACAAAGUGUGAGUGGUUUUGGUUUAAUGUUAGUCAGUAGUGGCACAGCAAACACACGCACAAUGUAGUUUUAGACUUCAUUGACAGAAUGUAAGGAAAUAAUAAUAGCUUUCUUUUCUAUUUUGAGUACCCUCCACUUGGAGUAUUGUGUUUAUUUCUGGGUGCCACAGUUUAAGAAGGAUAUUGUCAAGAUGGGAUGUAUUUAGAAGAGAGUUACCAAAAUGGUAAAGGGUCUGGAAAUAUGAGGUGCAGUUAGUUGUGCUGAGUCUAUUUAGUCUGAAGAAGAGAAGUGUGAAAGGUGACAAGGAUGGACCAUGUUCAAAUAUCUGAAGGGCUGUCACAAGGAAGAUGGAGAAAUGAGAUGAUAUUUCAUUUCCGGCUGCAUGGCCGUGUUCUAGUAGCAUUUUCUCCUGGUGUUUUGCCUGCCUCUGUGGCUGGCAUCUUCAGAAGAUCCUCCGAGGAUGCCAGCCACAGAUGCAGGUGAAACAUCAGAAAAAAAUGCUGCUAGAACAGUGCCAUACAAGCCCGGAAACCACACAACACCCCAGUGAUUUCGGCCGUGAAAGGCUUUAACAGUAAGAUGGGAGAACGCUUGCUUUCUAUUGCUCUCGCACAGUGAGUCCCAAACCCUGGUCCUUUAAGUGUUUUGAACACCAGCUCCCAGAAUCUCUGAACAUUGGCCAACGUGGCUGAGGCUGCUGGGACUUCAAGUGCAAAACACCUGAGGUUUUGGUUUUUUUCGUGUCAGGAGCAACUUGAGAAACUGCAAGUCGCUUCUGGUGUGAGAGAAUUGGCUGUCUGCAAAGAUGUUGCCCAGGGGACGCCUGGAUGUUUUGAUGUUUUACCAUCCUUGUGGAGGGCUUCUCUCAUGUCCCCGUUUAGAGCAGGAGCUGAUAGAGGGAGCUCAUCUAUGCUGGGUGAAGAGAGGAUAGAAGAACAAAGGAUUUAAAUUUUCAGUGUAACUUUUGCAGAACAUUUGUCUUGCCCUGUGGAUUUGAUAUCAAUUAGUUGAUACUAAUUAGUUGUGGGCCAUCUCACCUAAUGUUUUUAUGGCUGCUGUUGUAUAUUUUUAGAAAGUAAUUACACUGGGGCUGAAAUACUGGUGCGGUAUUCCAUUGGAAAACUCAUAAGGCUUAAAUCACACAAUCUUAACAUUUGUCGGUUUUCCUGUUUAAGCAUCUCUCUAAAUGUAUAACAUAAAAAUCAUCUAGAUCAGGCAUGGGCAAACUUGUUUGCCUUGGGGCCGCAUUGUGGGCCUGACUGAGAUGGCCAGGCCGGGAGAGAGAGGGCCUGUGAGAGGGUGGGGCCGGGAGGGGGCGGGGCAGGGCCUGGGUCAUCUUCAGGUUGUCCUCCUGGCAUAAGGAUGGGGCUGCUUGCCCAAUCCUUAUGCCGGGAGGAAAAUGAGAUAUGCGGCCACUGCCCCGGUCCUCCUCCCCUGAUCUUCGGGCUGUCCUCUCGGCAUUAUGCCGGGAGGUGGGCGAGACAGGCGACAGCCGAGAGCACUCUGGAGGACUCUUAGCUGCUGUGUGCUUUCCUCAGGCCUCCCUCUUAGCAUAAGGAUGGGGCUGCUCGUACUGUCCAUAUGCCAGGAGGAGGAUGAGACAUUCUGUGGCUGAGAGCACUCCAGACAGCUCUCAGCUGCUGCGUGCCUUCCUCCCUUUUCCUUUCUGCAUAAGAAUGCGACGGGCCACUGUGUCCUUAUGCUAAGAGGAUAGGGAAAAUGAGGAAGGCCUGAGGUAAGCGCCAAGGGGGUCGCAUCCUGCCCCCAGGCCUUAGUUUGCCCAGGCCUGAUCUAGAUGAAUUGUCAAAUGCAGCCUUCAAGCAAACAUUUAUUCAGUGUUAUUGUCCAAACAGAACUUGAAUUACGGAUAGGUCUUUUCAUUGGGAUUCAAUAAGUGGACUUCAUAUGAAUAGAAUACAUUACCUGUACAAUAAGACCGUAACUGCUAUUGUAAAAACUGUGUCUCAUCAUCUGAAAUAUAUGUUGAAUUGAAGGAUGGGCAUUUUUCAUUAAUAGAUUGAACAUCCAUGCUAAUUGUUGUUAUCAACAGAAAAGACACACACCCCUCUUAGCCAGAAAUGUAUAAAAUGCCUGAUAUGUUCUGAGACAUCAGUGCUCAGCCUUCCUGCAGUGAUGGUUUAGGGUUGCACAUGUUGUAUCAUUGCAGAAUGUCUGAAGGUUCAAUGAGUGCACUUUCUGUAGAAAAAAAUCCCAGCCCCUCCCUCUUUGACAUCUCUGGUUAUUGGGAAGCAGUGAUGCUUCAGUUCUUUACCCUGAUCAUGUCUGCAUUCAAAUUUCUUUCACUGGUGAAGAACCGCAUUAAUGCUAAUGUAAAAUGCUAUUCUUGUGCAUUAUUCACUGGUAUUUGCAUUGUCACUGGUAGUGACAAAUGGAGAAACCUUCAGGGAGAUACACACACACGUUACAGAAAAAAAAAUAAACCCCAUGCCUUAUUCUACUUAAGUGUUUGUAACUCAGGCUCAGAGUGUGACCUAUUUAACAGAACAGCUCUGUAAUGUCUUUGGGCAUAAAAAUAACAUGAUGUGUUUUAAACUUGAAAGUUCAGUGUGUGCUUUACUUAACUUGGAAAGGCUAUUGGGCCUGCGGGUUCCUGACCUCUUCUGAAUUAUCUGCUAGCUUCUUAAAACAGUAGAGCUUGACUUACUUUUGGACAAAGCUAGCAAAUGGGAGGCGUGGCAAGCACAGUGUCUGUUGUGAGUCUUUAAAGAAGUUCUCUUUGAAAUCAAGUGGUGAUUGUGCCAAAAAGAUGAGGACUGAGAUUAAUUGACACACAUUAGAAGGAAGAGCAAUGCUUAAUGAAAACAAAGCACGCUUUUACUAUGGAGCCCUAAAAACGAGGAAAAAAAUCUUGAAGAGUAAUAGAAGUAUAUUUCAAAAGUCCAAAGUGUUUUUGCAGUGUUGUUUGUUAAUUUCAUCUGACUUGUAAUAAACCAAGGCUGGAAUUCAUUAAGUCAGUUGCAAAUGCGUAACCAAGAGUGGUUCGUACCCAUAAUCCCUAUGUAUUUUCCCUCAUGUGAGCAAUCUCUGGUGUGAGAGGGAAUUGCAGCAGUGACCCUGCCUCUGGCUGUUGCAUUGAUUGUGCAUGGGAGCUUCCCAAUCAACAGAGGAACAGAUCCCUAUUGCUUGAAGCAACUGCUGCCCAGUGAAUUGGAGGUGGGCCAGGAAACACUAUGUCGUUACAUAAUUACGAUAAUUACAUAUUAACUGUCUUGGUGAAUUGCAUCCCAAAUUCACAAUCAGGUUCAAAGGAGAAUAGAGUUCCUUUGAAAGAGACAGUUAAAAGGGAGCUGCAUAGAUAUUUGUUAUGGCAUUUAAGCUUUUUCCAGUAGAUCCCAUUCAAAUAACUAGGAAAAAUGUCUGCAAAACCCUCUUCAUAGCAGCCUUUAGGCAGCCCCAUAUUUCACACAAAAUAGCCAUUAUAGGCCAAACUACAAAUAUAAAGAUAAAAAUAUCCUCUCGUGUGUUUUUUUUUACUCAGGACUACACACUUUUAAGGAGAUGGGAGUCUGGUCUGUGUGGUAAUUGUAUUUUGAUAAUGUUUCACACUUUCCUUUGGAAGUAGGAUUUUAAACAACUUUUUGCAAUCCUUGGGCAUUUAAAGUAUGUAUCUGCUCAGCAAGAGGAUUCUGGUGCUAUUAUUCUGUCAUACAUAACUAGCAAUGAAUACAAGAUGCAGUAGAUUAUAUUUCAGAGGAAAAAUUUGCCAAAAACUUUUUCUUAUUCUUUAUCUAAGAAAAGCCUGUAAAAUUCAUGGGGUCAUGACUGGUUGACUGGUGACUCAAAGGCACAUAUCAACGUAUCUUUUUUUCCAUUUGCUAGGCUUGUAUGUUUGGCAUAAGUUCUCUGAUCUCUUGGAAAUCAACCUCUGGAUGCAAAAAUUUCAGAUUGUUCAAGUCAAUUUUGUAAGUGCAUUAGAUUUUCAAGAUUUUUAUAUAUAAACUUCUUCAAAGGGUUGGGUGGUCAGAUAAUGCAGGUAUAAGGUGGAUAGGAGAAUUUAGUUUCACAAUUUUGAAUCAGUUGAUAUUUCCCAGUGGUUCUUCAGAUUUUAAUUCUGGCCAUUGACACACAACUAGUCCCUCUCCCAGGAGGGUAAAUUAACUGCUUUCAAAUGUAAAAUUAGUCUGAACAUUUUCUGAAGAGCAGACACACCAAAAUAAUAUUAGACUUUUAAGUCACAGAGAAGUUCUUGUCUGAUAAGAAAGGGUUGCUUACCUGUAACCAUGUUUCUUCGAGUAGUCAUCUGUGAAAUCUGCACAUGCAUAUGUGCAAUUUCACAGAGACCACGCUGAAGAACAUUAUCUUUCUUUGUCACAUUGCUUAUAGGAGAUUUUUUUUAGAGGUCUGGAGGUUUAUGAAACAGUGCCACAGAAAAGAUCUGCUAAGUAAUUUGUGAAAUAAACAAGGCGAGGCGUUGUUUUAGUCCUAUUUUUAAUCCCUGAAUUGGAUGUGAAAUACUUGGAGCAAUCCAUUGCUAGCAGAUUAGCACUCCCAAGGAAUGAGUAACCUACUGGUAGAUAGACCCACACAUAUACAACGCUGUGAAGCUGACCAAUGCCAGGAUAGGUAAACAUGUGUUUUUUCCUACAUACUCUUACCUAAAACACCUUGUGUUAUAUAUUUUUAAAGUAAUAUGGCACUUUAAGUCAAUUAUUUUAAGCACCCUAACACCCCUUCUUCUUUCCCCCAUAUGCACUUUAAACUCCAUGGCUAUUGGUAGGUGUUACAUUUGGAAGGAUUUGACCUAGGUAGAUGGCUGGCAUUGGACAAUGUCAACACUGGUGUGUCAUUGCUGUUUUUUGCGUCUUUGGAGGCAACACACCCCAACGUAUGGCACCUGUAUGGCUGGCAUGCUGUGCUAGAAUAAUGAGGCUAGAGUUUGUGGUAUACACAGAAUCUUAGGCUUUAAGGAAAGUUUAGCUAGAUGUUGAUGGGAAUGAAAUUGUCGAAAUUUAAAACUUACCGACCAAUACUUUUUAUAGACUUUUUAUUGGAGAAUAACCCACUGAAUAAAACUGAGGGCUGGGUCAGUAUUUGAUAGUAUAAACUAGGAUGCCAACAUUUUAAAUACUACCAGACAGGCUGGGCGUAUGCAGAAUGACAUUUCCUAUAAGGUAAACUUGGGAGUGCUAUGCUGCCACCUACAUGUAUGCGUUGUUGUCAUAUAGUGUUCGUAUAUGGUCAAAUCAAAGAUGAAUAGCAAGAAUGGAUAAUCUGGAUUGUGCAUCAUAGAUACUCAGUAAUAUACUCCAUAUGAUGAUACCUAAUCCCACUUUCUGUAUCCUAUUUGAUGAAAUAUGUAGGAAUUUGAGGAAAUUAUAGCUGACAAUGGGUCAAAAUCAUGGGAAAUUCUCCUAUCAGUUUUUUGGGAGUUUAACACCAGUCCUUGUAUUUUGCUCUGUUUCAGAAACAGUGCUCUGUUUCUGAAAUGUCCCUCUGUUCAAAACUAACCAAAUGCCAUCCGACAUACCAUUUUAAAGUUUUGGUAUGUAAAUCAAAAGCAUAAUAGAAUUACUUUCGUGUUACAGUGCGAGUUUUGAAGCAAGCUGGAAUAUAAUUCAGCUCUCUGCAAUUGUUUGUUAGCAGAACUACCCAAUGGAUUUUCAAAAAAACCUUCUCUAAAAACUUAGGUCUGUUACAUCCUUUCAGUUUCCAGUGUUCUUCAUGCUCAUGGAGGGAAAGAGAAAGGGAGGCAAGAGAGCGGUGACUUUUUUGGGUGUGUCUUUUGGUGUGGGUGAGAGGAGAAUAAAAUAUACACCGUGAAAAUGAAGACCUGUACAAACAUAUUUAAAGCAGUUUAGCAAAAGAAAAUAAAAACAACCUCUCAUUGAACAGCUUUAAAAAUGUGAAUGAAACCUUAGCAACUUGGUUAGGAUUCUGAAAAAGAAAUUCUAUAAAUGUAUACUUGAAAUUCUGUUUGUAUUUUAGAAGAAAUGCAUUUUCUCUUUAACACUGUAUAAAAAUGUUAUGCAUGUGAGUGGUUUGAGAAUUAAAUGGUUUAAUACCCAAA